UUUGCCGGGACAGCUUGGCAACGCCGGUCUUAAUCGAUCGAAUUAAUUACACCACUAAUAAAACAUGUGAUUGUGAUUAAGGUAACGCGUAACUUAAUGCUUAAAAAACCGUCUGAUAGUGCCCAAAUUAUGACUAUCCAAGAUCUGGACGGGUUAAUGGACAAGAAAGGGGAAACUAUGCAAAAUCUUAACAGUGAUAACAAUGUGACGAGUCAGACUAGCAAAAAUGGACAUAUUAGUUUUAGUGUAGCCUCCCUGCUAGCGGACACGCGACCAGCCAAGUCUAGCUCACCGGUAUCGCAGAGUUCCUCGACUUUAAAUCCUUCCAGUCCCGCCAAUCCGUCUGAGGAUGACUACGAUUCGCACCAAGAGGAAGAUUUGGAAGAGGAUGACUCUAUUGUAGACGUAGAGGAUCUCAAUCAAGACCAAAAGUCUCCCUCGCACAAAGACUCUGACGAAACAAAAAGGGAUUUUGGAAAGGAGGGUGGUUUGGGUCAUGGACCUAUUCGUCCGACACCGUUUUCCGCUCUUGCGGCGGUAUAUCAGGCCGCGCAUCAAAGUUGGCCCCCCCAGGGGCUUAUGAAUCCUUUUGGAGGGCCAUCGCCCGUUUUUCAGGGGUCUACACCUUUUGGAAUGGCAGGAAUGAAUAAUGUAGACGCGAACGGUGAAGGUCCCAAGCUAAAAUGCCACCUAAGAAAACACAAGCCAAAUAGGAAACCUAGAACACCAUUUACCACCCAACAACUUCUAGCAUUGGAAAAGAAAUUUAGAGAUAAGCAGUACCUUAGUAUAGCUGAGCGGGCUGAAUUUUCAAGUUCCUUAAGACUGACCGAAACGCAGGUCAAAAUCUGGUUUCAAAACCGUCGAGCUAAAGCCAAACGGCUCCAAGAAGCAGAGCUUGAAAAAUUUAAAAUGGCUUCACUCAGCCGACACCCUCAUCCGCUCUACCCUCAUCCCGCACUGCAAGGCUACUUUGGUCCAGGUGCGCAUCCUUUAGCCUCACUGUUAGGAGGAAGACCGCCGAUGCCUCCUUUGGGCCUGCUACCUCAGCCACAUCCCUCUGUACCAGCACAUUUAGCUUCACCACCUGCAGAUAUAAGAUCACCUAGUCCACACAUGUCCUGAGUUGGUAAGAUAAUACUCGGUGAGCGCCACUGAUGUAUCUUUUUUGAAGUCGUUGCCUCAAUCUCAACCAUCUGUGUACCAGCACAAUUUACUUUACCACCUGAAGAUUCAGUUGUCCUUGGUUAGUGAGUUACUGCCCCAGGAGGACAACUGUUAAAAUCACUUGUAGGAGGGCAACCACUGAUGUAUCUUUUGGAAUUGUUGCCUCUGUGUAUCCCCACAUUAAAGUGUACCACCUGAAGAUUUAAAUUUCUCUAGCAGUCCUUCUCUAGUAUGAAGGCUCCUUUAAGAUAUAUAUUCAGCCUCACUUACCACGUGGAAGUAUGACGUCGCCAAGUGCUCACAUACCCGAAAUUGAUGAGUAAGGUGCGUUCUUUUUAUAAACAAAACCUUUAUCGCUUGGUGCCGUAAUUUUAAUUGUGAUAACAAGUUUAAUGACUAAAAAUGCAUUGAAUUAUUUCCAAAAUAAUGUUUAUUAUAAUGUGCUCUCAAUUAAAUAAGAAUAAUUAUCCAAUUUAUCUGGUAAUUUAUUUAAUGGCUAUACAUAUAUUUAACUAUGACAUAAUAAAUUGGUUUACAAAUUCUGUUUAAAUCACUAAGGUCGUUUAUUAAAAGUUCAAAAGCAAAUUAAUUUUUCUUAUCAGCUGGUGGAAGAAAUGAAAGAUUUUAGGGUUAUCGUAGUUUGAAAAAAUAAGGUCAGCGUGUAAUGAUUUUAAAUGUCAAUUUAAUUUUAGUCACGUAGGAUUACAAAGAGUUUUAUUUUUAUUGUAUCUUAUAAAGAAGCCAUCUAACAACACAUUCAAGAAAAACCUAAAAAUUAUUAAAAAAAAUAUAUAUUUUUACAAAAGUUUUGUUACAAUAUAAAUUUAAAUUAAGUUACUGACAUUAUAUUUUUGUUUAAUUUCUAUGUUCUUUUGAGCUUUCGUCAACAAUUCAUCAUAGCAAUUGUCUAAUUAUAGUUGAGUUUAUUAAAUUUUCAGUUUAUUUACCACAUCAUCAUUCUCUCAAUGUUGUAUCAAAUACCAGCACCGAACAUAACUGUGUCAAACAUCUACCUGAUGUUUCUUCUUUCAGUCCUAUGCCUCAGUGGCAUUUUGUUAAUGAUAAUUCAUCAAAUUUGUAUGUACAAGAUUUAGGAUCACCAGUUUUUUAAUUGGUAUUCAACUCUAGUGUCAAUAUUGGCAAAAAACUGUUAAGACUAGGUUGAGGUGUCUUUCUUUAAAUAUUUUGCUAGGACCUUUAAUAUUUUGACUGGUGUUAGUGUCCAUGGUAAGUAUUUGUAUGUAAUGUAACUGUAUGCUUGUGUUUGUUGAACUUGUAAUUUCUGCUGUAUUUGUUUCAGUCUAUGGUCUAUGCACCUGAAUGGUAUCUCCUGGAAAAGGGUUGGAUAUAAUAUUUUGAAAAUGUUACUCGUGCUAGACUGUUCUGAUUGACUGUAUGUAGAUCUGAAUAGGUUCAAGUGAUUAAAUAGAACUUUGUGGAGUAGAUGAAUAGGCAAUAGAUCCGCAGCCUAUUUUAGAUUUUAGCUUUGUACAUUAUAAGUAGUGAAGAUGAUUCAGCUUCCCAUUUUGUUUGACUCAAACUUUUGGUAGUGAGUCAAAGUAAGCCCCUAGAAAUUUAUUGUGAGAUUUAAAGGUGAUUAGUCGAUUAUUUAUAUGAAGAUCAAUCAACUUGUUGCAAUUCCUUUUUCUGAAAAAAUGUAUUUCUAAUAAUUUAUCAUAACAUUUAUUAUAAUAUAUCUCCUAAGGUAAUUUAUAAUUCUAUUAAUGCCUAGUACAAACAAAAUAGGACUAAGGACCGCACUUUGGGGAACUCCUAUGUCUUCUGCAUAGUAAUUUCCUUAGGUGCUUCCCAAUUUUACUUGGAAUGUUCUAUCAGUAAGGAAAGUAUUUAUAAGUGACACGAUAUGUCCAUAUCUUUUAUAUUUUUCUUGAGUAUUCAUUAUGCUUUGACUGGUAAUUGAGUCAAAGGCUUUAUUAACGUCUAGGAAGACUGCUGUUGUGUGUUCUCCGAGUCUUGAAUAUCUAUUUCUAGUCCUACGAUGUUAUAUUAAAGCGACUUUUCCUGAAACCUGCUUGUUUUGGGAUUACAAUUUUGUGUUUUUCAAGAUACUAGGUUAGUCUAUUAUUAACCAUUUUUUCAAGGGGUUUACAUAGAUGGUUGGUCAGUAUGAAAUUAGAAAGGAAUAUUUCCAGUUUUUUGGUAGUAGGCCUGAGAUCCAUAUUUUAUUGAAUAGUUGUUGCUGCUAUAGUUUUUGAUCAUUAAUAUUCUAAUUUCGUCAAAGGACCAAGGGAGGUGACACUUCUAUAUUUCAAGGCAUAUGUAAGUUCAUUCAUCGUAAUAGAGAUGCUGUAUGUAAUGGAACGGUUUAAAAGGUUUUGAUUUGAGUAUGUCAAACCUGUAUUGAUGCAAUGGUCUGAAGCAAUGGCAAAAUCUGUAAUCCAGCAGGCCAGGAAUAUUUCGAGUUGGUAUUAAUUUGAGUCUACGUAUUUUAUCCCAAAUAUCAUUGGUGGAAGUGUUAGAAUUAAUUGAAGAAAUGUGAGUCUAAUUUGGCUUUGCUUAUGAUCUUUUUGGAUUUUGCUCUUAGUUUAAAAAAAUUUUGAUUGUGGUGUAAUCUUUAAAUAGAUUGAGUGCUUUUUUUAAAGGAACUGAUAGUUUUUUUGUAGACGGAUGAGUGGAAGGUAUAAGGUAUUUUUAAUACAGGGUGUCCAUUUAUAAACUGACACAUUUUAACUGCUUAUAAGUCGAGAACGAAAAAUAACAAUAAUGUGCGGUUUUUACAGAACUUCAUCAAUAUUUUUAAAUUUUUUUUUGACAGUUGAAAUAGGAGGAAAAAAAUUGAUGAUUUUCAAAGGCUGAUUUCUCAAAAAUGUUAAAUGUAACACCCUGUACUUUUUAAUUUCACAUGGAAGCCUGUUAAAUCCCCUUUCCGAAAAUGUAUAAAUUUUCCUAAAUUCAUUAUUUUUUUUACUUUUAAUAGAUGACACCUUUUUGAAAAUUUUUCUAGAAUACAUAUUCGGUGAUUGAUGAACAUUUUCUGGUAAUUGCCUAUGUAUCGCUGUCGCAUGAUCAUAAUUAAAUAAUUUGCGCUAUUACCAUGUCUAUAAAAAGUAUUUAUUCUAUGUAUUAAAUUAUAACAAUUUUAACAACAAACAAUUGAAGAAAUUAAUUUUAAAUUAUAACUAAUUAAUUAGCUGCUGAAUAUGACCCCCAUUUUGCGCGGAAUUUGUGUAGUCGGAGAAAUAAGUUGCCGAAGGCGUUUUGUAGCAUUCGCGGUGUAAUUUGGUUGAAAACGUUUACUAUGUUGGUGCGCAGUUCAUCCAAAUUUCUUGGGGUUGGAUUGUAGCAACGGUCUUUUACAUAUCCCCAUAUACAAAAAUCUGGAAUGGUUAGAUCGGAAGAAUAAGGUGCCCACUCGAUUGGACCUGCUCGCCCUAUUCAUCUGUUUUCAAAAGUAAUAUCUAAGGAAUCCCUUGCGACCCUGGAGAAGUGUGGUGGUGCACCGUCUUGCUGGCAGUAGACCGUGUCUAAAAUUCCAUCCUGCUGAAGUUGAGGAUAAAAAAAUGUUUCCAACAUAUCGGUGUAAUUGUUUCCAUUCACUGUUGUUUCUUGAAAAAAAAAUGGCCCAUAAAUUUUAGAUUUCGAUACUGCACACCAAACGUGAGAAUUUUCAUCUCCCCAAAUUCGGCAGUUAUGCUUAUUUACUGGACCACUGAUGUGAUAUGUUGCCUCAUCAGACAUUAUUAAAUUGGUAUCCGGCUCAUUUCUAAAAAGAUCUAGUAGUGUUUCGCACAUUAAAUAUCUUUUUUCAAGGGCACAAUUUUCUAUUUUUUAGAAAGUUUGAAUUUUGUAGGGUUUAAACUUUAUUAUUUUUAGAACUUUAUGUACUUAACUUUUUGACAUAUUUGUCGUUUGAGCUAUCUUCCUAAUAGAUAUUUGGUUAUUGUUUAAGGACAACACUUCUUUUAUCAGCAAAAUAUCAUCCAACAGAUUAUCUUGUGCAUUUAGGUUUGUUCUAACUUUUCUUUUAACUAUUCCCUCCUGGGAAAAUUGGCGUGCCCAAUGAAGUAUAGAAUUUCGUGAAGGUGGAGCCCUUUCAAAAAUCAGCCUAAAUCUUCUUCUCGUCUGCGUUACUGAUUUGCAUUCAGUAAAUAAUAACACGCAACGUGCCUUUUCCCGGGUGGUAAACAUAUUUAAACCUUGCAAAGUGUCCCCUACUUGUCACGUCCAAACUAUUUUCAUUCGCAAGAGUAAAAGUUAAAUAGGUAAAUGGUUUUCAGAAUAUGCCCAGACGUAAUAAAAGGAAACUGGGAUCUCGCAGAUAUGCAGACUACUCAGAAGAAGAUUUGAAGGCAUCUUUGUCAGCAAGAGUUGCUGCUGUAUCCUUUAACAUUCCAAGGAGAACUAUUUUUUACAAAUUAAAAAGAACACACGCUAGAAAACCUGGAUACCCAUCAAUAUUCUCUUAUGAAGAGGAAAGAUGUUUCGUACAAUGCAUUCAUAGCCUUAGUGAUUCUGGUUUUCCUGUUACUGGAAUGGAAUUGCGACAAAUAAUCAAGUAACUCGACAAAUAACUCGUUUUAGGGAUAAUACUCCAGGUAUUGACUGGGUCAAAUCAUUUUUAACUCGUCAUAAGGACCUUACUGCAAGGAUAGCCUCGAACAUAAAAAGAAGUAGAGCAGCACUUAAUGCAAACCAAAUGACUGAAUACAUAGAAAAUCUAAAAGAAACAUUAACUGCUGUAGAGCCGCAUGCUAUUUUUAAUUAUGACGAGACAAACUUAACCGAUGACCCCGGUCAAAAAAAGAUAUUAACUAAACGUGGUGUUAAGUAUCCCGAACGAAUUUGUAAUUCCUCAAAGAGUAGCAUUUCUCUUAUGAUUUGUGGAAAUGCAGCUGGUGAGCUUCUACCUCCUUAUGUGGUGUACAAAUCCAAGCAUUUGUGGGACACCUGGACUGAGAAUGGUCCCCCUGGUACGCGUUAUGCAAAUACUGCAUCUGGUUGGUUCGAAUCACGCGGGAGACAUUUGCAAAUUGGUUCAGCACUCUCCUAUUGCCCGGGCUUAAAAAAAUUCAGGGAAAGAAAGUCGUUUUAGGAGACAAUUUGUCUUCUCAUAUUAAUGAUGAAGUCCUCGAUUAAUGUCGAAGACACGACAUUGAUUUUGUAUGUUUGCCUCCGAACAGCACCCACGUUACACAACCGCUAGAUGUCGCAUUAUUUGCGCCCCGUGAAAAGAACCUGGAGAGACAUUUUAUCUCAAUAUAAGGAAACUCAUGUAGGGAGUAGUUCAAAUGUAUUUGAGAAACAGCAUUUUCCAAUGCUUUUACGAUCAUUAAUCGAAAAAAUUAAAAAGAAUAGCGUUGAGAUAUUAAAGUCGGGAUUUAGGAAAUGCGGUAUCGUCUCUUGCGAUAUAACACCGCUCUUGGAGCGGUUAACAACAACUAAGAAAUCUAAUAUGACAACUGCUAGCGACACAAAUAAAUCAAGUUCGUCGGAUAUCGAAAACACUUUCAUUAAGUAUUUAGAAGAUAAAAGGCAGGAAGCCACACAGUUUAAGCCACGUAGGAAGAAGAAAAUAACGGUUUCAGCAGGAUACAGUAUUGCCCAUUCUGAAAUUAGUUUAACAGAUCUAACUAGAGCAUCUACAUCCUUACCUCUUCAAGCUGUUGAACCAGAAAUCGUAGAUGAUUCAGAGGAGGACAUUGUUUUGGACGACCACUUUCCACUAGGCAGGGAAUCAUCAGAUGAUGAAAUAAAUGAGAUGCAAGAGAUGGAAGAAGAAAAAGAAUUUAAUGAAAAACUCGUCUCAGGUUCUCUUGGAAUAACUAUUAUCGAAAAAGUCAAAAACUCUGGAUUAGAUGAUGUCAAAAAAGUUGUUGGUGAGUACGUUUUAUUUUCCUAUGAAGAUCAUGUUUAUCCUGGAGUGAUAACAGCAAUAGAAAACGAUGGAGCGAUGGUCCAAUGCUAUGGCCAGAUCGAUAAAUUUUGGAAAUGGCCAAAAAGAUGUGACGAAAUAUGGUAUUCGUGGCACAACGUAAUUGGUGCCCAAGAAAAUGUCCAAACGAGGAAUGUACAUUGUCCCAGAAUGCGACAAAUUGUGGUGGGAUUAGUUUCAAACGUUGUAUUUUUACUAUUAUAAUGUUAUAAUAAAGUUUGUUCAUUUAAAUUGUA